UCCUCCGAUCAUGGAGGAUGUUGAUGUGCAAACCAGCUGCAAACUUUCUUCACUCUCACGAAACCUGCGGCAUUAAUAAGCCUCUGGUUGCCAGAUCCUCCACCAUGAAAUCCUCCUGAUUAAUUGACGUGUUGGUAAAAUGGCCGCUGAGCUGUUUCCUGCCAAAAAACUGCCUGCGGUCACAGCCAACGCUGUCCAACAGUACCAUCAGCAGAACGUCAGCAACAACAACACCAUUCAGGGAUGUAACUGGCAAGGCUUGUAUCCCACGAUCAGAGAGAGAAACUCAGUCAUGUUCAACAACGAGCUGAUGGCCGAUAUUCAUUUCGUGGUGGGGCCUCCUGGAGGAACCCAGAGAGUACCGGGACACAAGUAUGUCCUGGCUGUGGGCAGUUCGGUAUUUCACGCCAUGUUCUACGGAGAACUGGCCGAAGAUAAGGAUGAGAUCCGGAUCCCUGAUGUGGAGCCACCUUCUUUCCUUGCCAUGCUAAAGUAUAUCUACUGUGACGAGAUCGACCUGUGUGCAGACACCGUCCUCGCCACACUGUACGCUGCCAAAAAAUACAUCGUUCCCCACUUGGCCCGCGCUUGCGUCAACUUCCUGGAGACCAGCCUGAGCGCUCGAAACGCCUGCGUCCUGCUGUCUCAGAGCUGCCUUUUCGAGGAGCCCGACCUCACUCAGCGCUGCUGGGAGGUCAUCGACGCGCAGGCCGAACUCGCCCUCCGCUCCGAGGGAUUCUGCGACAUCGACACUCAGACUUUAGAGAGCAUCCUUCGGCGUGAGACGCUCAACGCAAAGGAGAUGGUGGUGUUCGACGCGGCGUUGAGCUGGGCGGAGGCCGAGUGUCAACGACAGGAGCUCCAGCCCACCAUCGAGAACAAACGGCUUGUUUUGGGAAAGUCUAUCUAUCUGAUACGGAUCCCGGCGAUGGCGCUCGAUGAUUUCGCUAACGGCGUUGCGCAGUCGGGCGUGUUGACGCUCACCGAGACCAAUGAUAUUUUCCUGUGGUACACGGCGGCCAAGAAACCAGAGCUGAAGUUCGUCUGCAAACCACGGAAAGGCUUGACGCCGCAGAAGUGCCACCGCUUUCAGUCGUGCGCGUACCGUAGCAACCAGUGGCGGUACCGCGGGCGCUGCGACAGCAUCCAGUUCGCCGUGGACAAGCGCGUCUUCAUCGCCGGGUUCGGGUUGUACGGCUCCAGCUGCGGUUCGGCCGAGUACCAGGCCAAGAUCGAGCUGAAGCGCCAAGGCGUGACGCUCGGCGUCGCCAUCAUCAAAUACUUCUCCGACGGCUCCAGCAACACCUUCCCCGUGUUCUUCGAGUACCCGGUGCAGAUCGAACCCGACACGUUUUACACGGCCAGCGUGGUUCUGGACGGGAACGAGCUGAGUUACUUCGGCCAGGAGGGAAUGACGGAGGUCCAGUGCGGGAAGGUGACCUUCCAGUUCCAGUGCUCCUCAGACAGCACCAACGGGACAGGUGUGCAAGGGGGGCAGAUACCUGAACUCAUAUUUUAUGCUUGAGAGAGCGUCCCGUUCACAACUGAUUAAUCAGAAAGCAAAGUGUUUUUGUUUUUUUAAAGUGCUGCUCAGAUUUUGCACAAAGGCUGCAAAAAGAAUUUGAUUCCAGACAAUCCUUAUAGACUUUAUAUGAUAAGUAUUAGUGCACCCGAAAAAGAAAAUUCAGUCAUUUACUCACCCUCAUGUCCUUCGAAAUGUGAACGUCUGCAUUACUGAACUCAAACUUUUGAACAGUUUAUUUUUCUUGGUCAGUUGAGGCUCUCAAAUCUAGUUUCCAAUCUCGCAAAUUUGGUGUCAAGACGUGUCUUGCAAUGUUUGACGUUGUUGAAGGCAAUUGGUUUUGCAAGUAAAUAUGAUGGCAAGUUUAAAUAUGCAUAUGCAAAUUAAAUUGUAGGGAAUGAUUUUCAAUUAAUAGUGAAAGCCAUCAUACAAUUUCAGAUCACUUGGGAAAUGUUGCACAAGUCAAAAAGAUGACAUGAGCUUGAGAUAAUGACUUAAUUUUCAUUUUUGUGUGACGUAUUUUGCUAAGAGCCGUGAUUUAGGGGCCGUUUACACAACACCAGAUACCACGCGUACGUCUGCAAGAUGUCUGUUAAAGAUCACUUCACCUGGAAAGCAUCUGCCGCUUACUAACAUCUGAUAGACAUCUUUGAGAUGUCAGUUUAGCAUACAUUCUAAAUCAUUACAUCUUAAAGACAUCUUCUAAACGUCUAUUUGACAGGAAACUUCCUACCCAGAUAGC